UAUCCCAGACCGGCGUGCGUACCACACAGACGCACUAACCGGUAAGAGGAUAACGGCGGCUGUUACAUCGAGCUGCUGCUGAUGAUGAUGCUGAUGCUGCUGCUGCUGAAGCAUCUGCAGCACUGUUUGCCUGUUUGUUUUGUUUGAUUCCAGAUGUCAGGGGCUGAUAAUUGUCAUCAACACCGCUGCUGAAGAUGUGCGUGAGUAUUUUGAUGCGAGUUCGAGACGGAUGGAUUUAACGGAAGGAAUAAUCCUACCGAGGGAAAAAGGAAAAAACAUGACAGGCAUCCUGCUCCCCUGACGAUUCUCUGGGAUGCAGUCAUAGUUUGAGGCCGGACAUGGUUUUAAUCUCAGGAGUUGCUGUAGUGGAUGCGGGAUGAUGUGCGCCGCACCCCGAGAGAUAGUACUGGUAAGGAGGAUAACACAGCUCGGCCCCUAAAUGCCUCACAACCGAUCCGGAUUUUUCCUGGACUGUGGCGCACAGUGAGCAUCUUGUUGUUUUUGGCUGACUGGGACUGUGGGUUUUUUUUUUUUUUUUAAUGUGUGGCGGGGAGGACGUUCUGAUGUGGAGGAAUUGCGCUGUUUUGUCUGAGAGGAUCAUCUGAACACUGUUACUCAUACCCAGAGAGGAGAACCAGGGCACAGCUGCUCACCUGGUCAUUUCUAUACACAACCUUUCAGUAUGGCUGAGAAGACGCUGGAGCAGGGUACGGUCAGCAUCCCCAUGGAGGAGACCAAACUCCCUGGUGGGGCACCUCAGGAGGCGCCACUGCUCACCCACCUGAAAAAAGUGGAGAACCACAUCACUGAGGCCCAGCGCUUUUCCCACCUCCCACGCCGCUCCGCUGUGGACCUGGAGUUCAAUGAGCUCUCCUACACCAUCCGCGAGGGUCCCUGGUGGAGGAGGAGAGGUUACAAAGCCCUCCUCAAGUGUCUGUCAGGAAGAUUCAACAGCAGAGAGCUGAUUGGCAUCAUGGGGCCCUCUGGAGCUGGGAAAUCCACUCUGAUGAAUAUUCUGGCGGGUUACAGGGAGACGGGCAUGAAGGGCCAGAUCCUGGUGAACGGCCGACCGAGGGACCUGAGGACCUUCAGGAAGAUGUCCUGCUACAUCAUGCAGGAUGACAUGCUGCUGCCACACCUCACUACGAGGGAGGCCAUGAUGGUUUCUGCCAAUCUAAAGCUGAAUGAGAGCAUACAGGUCAAAAAAGAACUUGUGGAUGAGAUCCUGACUGCCCUAGGUCUUCAGGAGUGUGCUCAGACACGCACCAACUCUCUCUCUGGGGGUCAGUGUAAACGACUGGCCAUCGCCCUCGAGCUGGUCAACAAUCCUCCUGUCAUGUUCUUUGAUGAGCCCACCAGUGGUCUGGACAGUGCGUCCUGCUUCCAGGUCGUUUCCCUCAUGAAGUCUCUGGCUCAGGGAGGACGGACAAUCAUCUGCACCAUUCAUCAGCCCAGUGCCAAGCUCUUUGAGAUGUUUGAUAAGCUGUACAUCCUCAGUCAGGGUCAGUGCAUAUACAAGGGCACAGUCCCUUACCUCAUCCCUUAUCUGAAGAACCUGGGCCUCCACUGCCCGACGUAUCACAACCCUGCUGAUUUCAUCAUUGAGGUGGCGUCAGGGGAGUACGGGGACCUGAACCCAGUGCUGUUCGAGGCUGUCCAGGGUGGACUGUGCUCAGAGGAGGGCAAGAAGAACUCCAAAAGUGACUCCUCCUGUCCCUCUCAGUGUCACAGUGACACGGGGACCCUUGAGAAGCAUAGCUUUGCCACCAGUACAUUCACACAGUUCUGCAUCCUCUUCAAAAGAACCUUCGUUACAAUAUGCAGGGACAUGGUGCUGACCCACCUCAGGGUGAUGUCCCAUCUGUGUAUUGGAGUGCUGAUUGGUCUGCUUUAUCUCAAAAUUGGAAAUGAUGCCAGCAAGGUCUUCAACAACACCGGUUUCCUCUUUUUCUCCAUGCUGUUCCUCAUGUUUGCUGCCCUGAUGCCCACUGUCCUAACCUUUCCUCUGGAGAUGUCUGUGUUUGUAAGGGAACAUCUCAAUUACUGGUACAGCCUGAAGGCCUAUUACUUGGCCAAAACCAUGGCUGACAUACCGUUCCAGGUGAUUUGUCCCAUCAUGUACUGUAGUAUAGUCUACUGGAUGACUGAACAGCCACCAGAGGCAGGUCGCUACUUGCUCUUCAUGGCCUUGUCCACAUCCACAGCCCUGGUGGCCCAGUCCCUGGGUCUGCUUAUAGGGGCUGCGUCGACAUCUCUGCAGGUGGCAACCUUCGUGGGUCCAGUCACAGCUAUACCUGUACUCCUCUUCUCUGGCUUUUUUGUCAAUUUUGACACCAUUCCCAAAUACCUACAGUGGAGCUCUUAUGUCUCUUACGUCAGGUAUGGCUUUGAAGGGGUGAUACUCUCUAUCUAUGGGAUGAACCGGUCGGAGCUGGAGUGUCCAGGCUUGGUGUGUAAGUUCCAAAAGCCAGAGGAGGUCCUGCAGCUGCUGGACGUGGAGGACGCAAAGCUCUAUGUGGACUUCAUGGUGCUGGGGGUUUUCUUCCUGGUCCUCAGACUGGCUACUUACCUGGUCCUGCGCUACAAAGUCAAGUCAGAGCGUUAAGACGUCUGGAGGCAGCCACUGAUGGAUUCGGACGCUCAUACAUAUCCCAGCAGUGUGAGAUAGUAAGAAAACAUGUAGUCUCUCUUUCUCUGUCUCUACUUCACAUACAUGUACAAAAACAUACACAAAUCCAGCACGUAUGGUCAUCCAAAAGCUGUGCUGCACCAUUACCCAAACUGUACAGUAUAAUAUUAUCUUUAAAAAGGUUUGUUAUUCGAGAAAAAGGAAAGUGUAGACUGUGAAGUAUGGUGUUCCAUCCCCUGCCCAUUAUUAGCUGUCCUCCAGGUAAUAGUAUUUCUCAGAUCACCAUUACCUUCCCAUAAUAUUGUGUAUCUGCACCAUACAUAAACAGAAUACUCAACAAAGUAGCAGAAAGCAUGUUUCAUUGAACUGAGAAAUUUGGAUUUAUUCCUAUUUGGCUACACCAGGAAAAGUGCCACGUGAAUAAUGAACUAAAGCCUCCAGGUUUUAUGGGGAGCCACAGUGCCCAUCUUGGUGUCCAGUAACAUGUAGCUUCUAAAUCCAAUGACCUAAAAAGGUAAUCCAAGGUGCACUUCAGAAUCCCGGUUAAUUGAUACUUCAUUGGACAGUACCCAUCAAGACACCCGAGGAGCAAGAUUUCAAGAUGGAUACCCUCUUAUUGCCAUCAGGAAAAGAGACAACUGUCAGUGCCAGAAAACUUCUGUGUGGCUUCUCUCUCACCUGUAGGAUCAUCUUUCCAUGCAUCCUUACCAAGACACUGAACACGAUGGCUUUUCUUCAUGGAAUACGACCUUAACAAAACCGACUGCCAGUGGAUGACUUUCCUCACUUUCCAUCUCCAGUGUGGAUCAUUUUCACAAGCCUCCUACCAUUGACAGUGGUAGAACGUUUAGACGUGGAUGAAAUGUUUGUAAAACUGUCCAGCAGUGUGUCUUAUACAAAGACUGAUGUGGAUUAACUGCCACAACCAGGCCUAUGAUUCCUUACUCGGUCCUUAUUAUAACACCGUUUCUUUCUCCUGUAACCGAGGAAGCAUACAGUGGACUGGGAGCAAAAUGUGAAAGCAACCAUGACUGCUGUUUCCAGCCUAUUGCAGUGAGCUUUCUUAAUCAUACUGGCUGCUCAGAGAGAAAGGUGUUUUAGGCAAAAUGCAAUAGCCUGUUCCGUGGUUUAAAAAAGGUGAUGUUUAUCUAAUCUGUGUCACUCUUUUGACGCAAUUCUUUGAACUGCUUGUUUCCACUCUUUAGCUGCCUCUUCCCUGAGCUACGAAAGGAAAAUUGUCCCUUUUCCCCCUCUCCUUCUCUUUCUCUCUGCUUUGCUGCUGUCUGACAGAUGUGUGUUGUCCAAAACAAUGCUAGAUACUUGAAAUGCUGGCUGGGCAGUUUUUGUGCCUCUGAACUAGAAUGAUUUGAGUUUCCUCUGCUUCAUUGUUUGCACAUACACCUUAUGUCAGCGAACAUGCUGGGUCACACACACAUACACACACACACACACACACACCCACACACACACACACAGUACAUUUGUACAGAGACAUAAAUACACACACAAACGCACAGAAGCAAACACACAACAUUCACCCUUGGCAAUGUUUAGAAGAGCCUCUCCUUGUCACAGGGCAAUGCAAAUAUUUUCCAAUAGACUUGCUAUGAAAUAUUUCUUACUCAAACUAUGCUACUUAGUAAUCCUUAUUAUAAUGCAUAAAAUAAUGUGAGUAUAUAAUCAAUGAUUGUACAGUGGAUAUGUCAUGCUGUAAACAACUGUACAUUUGCACUUUUCAAUGUAUGUUUAUUCUUUUUUUUAAAUUAUUUAUUUGUAUUUCAUUUUGUUUUUAUAUAUCUAUGUGACGAGUGCUGCUUGAAAGUAUUACGGGAAAACAGCAACUGAAUGUUGCAUGUUCACUUUAGGAAUGAAAUUUAUGAAAUAUUAAAUUUCAGAGUAUAGCAUACUGAUUUUAUUUCAUCAUCCAAAUGUAUGUAUCCUGCCAUGUUUGAGGAGAUACAAAUCCCCUGCUUUCUGCAGAACAUUUUUAGAAUAUCUGGAAUCAGGUGUGCGUCACUGGUUAAAAAAAAGAAAAGAAAAGAAAGAAAGAAUCAGGAGUGUGAAGGUAACGUAGAAGGGUGUGAAAUGUGCCAGAUGGAAGAUGGUGAGAAUAAACAACAGUCAACCAAAUGUAUCGUUAUGUAGCUGAAGAGACUGGCGUUCAGCUGGAUCAGGGAGCAGGUCAGUUAUCACAGAUUUGCUGUGCUGUUGAGCAGGUGGAGACGUGGUGGAGAUUCUGUCAUUAACAGCAAUAGUCAACAUUGUGAUGUUCAAAUGUUAUACCUCUCACUGCUGUGGCAUUAGUAGAUAUUUAUAUGUUUUAUAUUAAGAACUUGAUUUGAGUCUUUUUGUUCCUACCUGGUUUAUUAUGUGCAAUAACCAUCCAAAGGUGUUUUAACUCUAUGAAAUUUCAUGAAGAAAAAAAUGUGAGGCUACAAUCUGAUCUUUUUGUUUUAGUUUUGUCUUUGUUGCUUCUGUUUGGUAAAAGAGGUUAAUUUGGUGGACAUGUUUACUACAUGAUACUCUUAAUGAUUUAAGUAGAGAGGCAAAAGCAGUCUAAUAACAGUUCUAGGUACUGUAGAUGGGUGCUGGGUUAAGUUAAAGCCACUGGGUGGAUAUUGCCAUUUUCAUGUCAGAUUCUGUAGAGAUAUUUGGUUCUCAAGUUCCUGCGGUAAAAUUUGUAGCAUGGGAAAAAUGUCUCACCAAGUCAGUUUUAACUGCCAAUGCAGCAGAUAUGUGUUUUAACCUUCCUCAAAUUCUAUCAAAAGCCAUGAGUUGGUAGCAGGCCGGUGGGUAUGAAAGGCAGAAGAAAAAAAAGAGAGAGAAACCUAACUGCAGAAAAGAAACCAUUCCGAAGCAGGAACAAAGCAGGAAUAAUUAGCAGAGCUGAAGUCAUUAACCAGUCUGGGAAAGUCUCGGCCUUAGGUCUGAGGGCCUGUGGUACCAAAGAAGAAAACAAAUCAUCCUUCCUCUGCUGCAAGACGUGAAAUAUAGUGAGUGAACUUCUCAAUGAGAUUAUGUUGUGCUAUGUUCUCAUUAAUUAUCUGACCAAAGAAAGAGCUCUGAAAAUACAUUUACAAUGUCUGUAGUAAUUCAAAAUCCCCUUAGACUUUCCUGAUUUUUGGAUUUUCGAUCCUCCCUAAAACUGUUGUGCUUCUUGGGAUUUGUUUUCCAAUGUCCCCAGGUCAGAAAAGUUUAUAUUAUUGACAGAUAUGAUCUGGCUCCAGAUGCUUAAUAUUUUAUUCUGAAUCAAAUGUAAUCCUGUGUAAACAGAGAAGGUCAGGAAAGUGAUUGUGCGGGAUGUAGCUGGUGAGCGUAUUGUCAAAUCACUCUCAUUGAUAAUUUUAUUUAUCAUGUCACGAUUUCACCUGGUUGUCAUAAGAAGCCACCUGACUUUAGCGCACUCUAUCAUGCAUGGUAAAUAAUAAUAGGCAGGUGAACCCUACAGAGCGCUGCAAUGUAUCUGAUUGAAAACCAGUAGUGGAAUGGAAGGCUGAUUAUCACAGAUUGUUCUUUUUAUUUUUUGUCUGAUAUGAUUUGUUUAUCAUUUACAGUUUCACUUACAGUUUCUCAACUCAAAAAAUGCAAGUUCUGUAUACUGAACGCUGAUCCAAGGAUUAUAAUAAAGAUUAUUUAUAACCUUU